AUGACGACAGUACGCGAAGGUAGCCAUUUGGUCCAUUACACGAGUACUGAUUGGCUAGAAAUGAUUAAUGAUGAUUGGCAACUUAUCUCGUCGGUAAGAUUAAACCUUAAUCGAACUCAAUGGCGCUCACGCCGCCAAGAAGCAGGUACCAAGAUUAAGCAACACUUUGCAAACCAGUUCUCGGACCGCACGCGGACGACGGCCUUAACGCCCCUGAAGAACCCGAUUACCGCAUACGAGCUCGAACGCGCGUUCCGUCGCUUACGCAAUGGACGCGCACCGUGA